UUUGUCAUGUAUUAUAGUUUUGUUGGGUACUCAUUAUGUUUUCAAAGUAUAGAUGACAAAAGGAUUACGUAAGAGAGCGCUUGAGAGAGUUUUUGGUAGACAUUCUGGAGGCGACGCACAUGGCUCUACGUCAGGCCGCAUCGCUGCUACACAUGACGGGCCGCCACAGGACACAGGACGAGGAGAUGCUCCACCUGAUGCGGAGACACUCGUUGAUCCUGCCCAGCAUGCAGAGAUGCCGCCGUCGCCUCCUCAGGCUGCAGAUGUAUUGGAGGAGCGCCGAUAUGAGCCAUAUAGCGCAGCUGUAGAAGCUGCGCCACUACCGCCGGAUUCUAUUCCGGAUCAGCGAGCCCACGACCCGGCCAAGGUGAAGGAGGAUUGGGAUGCUUAUCAUGAUUUGCGACUUAUCGCACAGCAGAGGUAUGAACAAGCAAGGCGUAGAUGCCUCGAAUUGAAAGGUACCGAGCGACCUACUAGGCGCGGCCGCAGUGGUACCAAGCCAAAGAACCUCGUCCCAGAUAUUCGUCGGAGGGCCGUGAUCCGAUGGGAGAACGGCGUGCCUGUCGGGCCAUUUGCUAACUCUUUCAACAAUUUCCUCGCCGCUUUAGCCAGGAGACAUGAUUUCUUCAACAUAUAUUUGACGUGGAAGUCGCAGCGGAUUGAUGCGCUGGUGGCUUGUUGGCGAUAUAUAUGUCGAUUUUUCUUUCUUGACGAUUACGCUUAUGCCUGGACUUACUGCUUCACGCAAAUCAAUCUAUCGUUCAAGAGGUGGCGGUCAGAGCUGAAGAAAAAAUAUUUUACUCAAAGAACAGAAGAUUGGGAGCGUUACUGGCAUCUUGACGAGCGCGCCGAUGGAGUUGAUUUUUUUGCACUUUGCGAUUAUUGGGACACGGCCGAAGCUCAGGAACAAGCUGAAAUAGCAAGGAGGAACCGCAAUGCACCACGCAAUCGUAUUCUGACUGGUUGGAGUCCAAAUUACGCCGAUGAAGUGAAGAAAGCGCAGAACCGGGAUCUGGCUGAGAAAUUACAUGCUAAGGUGCAGGAGCAAUUAUCACAGACUCAGGUCGAUUCUAACACUCCGACCCGAUUAAGUAGAGAGGAGGAGGAUAGCAUCAUCGAGACCGUCAUUGGACCGAGUAGGAAGAACAGAUACAGGUGGAGAGGAUCCGAGCAUCGGCCGUACGAGUCCAGUAGCACCUACGAGUCUGCAGCUCCACCAGGAUGCAGUUCUUCUCAAGACCCGACUAUGGAGCAGCGGAUGAAAGCGAUGGAAGAUUGGCAGUCGCGUCGGGAGUCGGAGCUACUCCAGAUGGCGGAGGAAGAACGGAGGCGCCGGGAGCAGAGGGAGCUGGAAUUCACCCAGUUCAUAUCGACUCUGCCUUCUGAUGCUCAGGAGGCAUAUAGGAGACGAUGUAUUGUCGUGAUUGUUAUGUGCGUGCUUGAUGUUGGGUUUGGUCGUGGUAGGGGAGGGGGAAGUGUGGGGAUUGGGUUGAGCUGGGCUGGGACUUCUCGACAAGGUGGAGUUGGUGAUGAGGAUGAGGAUGAUGAUGAUCGGGACUGA